CACAAAGCUUCUCGCUGUCUCCUCCUAUGUCCGAAUAUCUCAGGCCAAGCAGGUACUCCUGCUGCAAAGGUCAAAGAACUCUGUAUUUCUUUGCUGCAUCAUUAUCUUCAUCAAAAUUCUUUUUCUUUUUUCAGGUUACUUGUGAUCUUCUGCAUCAUUAACUUGUUAAACUACAUGGAUCGUGGUGCCAUAGCGAGCAAUGGUGUCAAUGGAAGUACCAGGAGUUAUGAUGAUAAGGGCAAAUGCAGUCCUGCAACUGGGAUUCAGGGACAUUUCAAUCUAAGCAAUUUCGAAGAUGGUAUGUUGUCAUCUUCAUUUAUGGUUGGACUUCUUAUUGCAUCACCAAUCUUUGCUUCAUUAGCAAAAAGUUUCAAUCCAUUUAGACUUAUUGGAGUAGGCUUAACUGUUUGGACUAUUACAGUUCUUGGUUGUGGCAGUUCCUUUGCCUUUUCGUUUAUCGUCUUAUGUCGCAUGUUCGUUGGUGUAGGUGAAGCUUCUUUCAUCAGUCUUGCAGCUCCGUUUAUAGAUGAUAAUGCUCCUCACAAACAGAAAGCUGUGUGGCUUGGUGUGUUCUACAUGUGUAUACCAAGUGGUGUUGCUUUGGGCUAUGUUGGAAAACAUUUUAGUUGGCGCUAUGCGUUUUGGGGAGAAGCUGUAUUAAUGGCUCCAUUUGCUGUUCUUGGUUUCUUGAUGAAACCUUUACAGUUAAAAGGGUUUCCUUCUACUGAUUCGAUAAAGAUGGCUUCAUCAGUUGGUAAAAACAACAAACAUCUUCAAGCUGGUGGUAAUGAGAUUGAGGUCUCCAUUGAAACUUAUAAGUCAAGUUACAAGAACGUAGUUUCGAAAUCGUUUACUCAAUUUGGGAAAGAUAUGAAAGUUCUAUGUAAAGAAAAAGUCUUUGUUGUUAAUGUCUUAGGUUAUGUCUCAUACAACUUUGUUAUUGGAGCAUACUCGUAUUGGGGACCAAAGGCUGGUUAUAACAUUUACAAAAUGAAAAACGCCGAUAUGAUCUUUGGUGCAGUAACUAUCAUUUGUGGGGUCAUUGGGUCAUUAUCAGGAGGGUUGAUACUCGAUAGUGUCACCGCAACAAUUCCAAAUGCUUUCAAGGUGGAAAGAAGAAAAGCUUUUUUCUCUCUUCUUGCUUUCGGAUUUUGAAUCAAAACCUUUUUGAUCGAUACAUAUGUAUGCAGCUUUUAUCCGGAGCAAUGUCUCUUGGAGCGAUCUUUUGCUUCACUGCAUUUACCUUAA